UCGAGUUGUCUGCAUACUGUUGCAUGAAUAUUCAUAAGCUCCUUUUCGAAGUCAGAGACAGAGCAGAGACGGAUAAGAUAACAUAAUAUCAUGUUCAUGGCCCAUGAUUUUGAAGACUUAACCUUUGCCUUGUUGAUGACAUCAUAAUGCACUCCCAGCAUCCCCCACCAGAUCAACGACCUGAGAGGCCCCCCUACAACCCUCAGCUCUCCUUAGGACCUUACUCAAGGCCUCCCCCUCCAGGAGGACCAGGUCCUGUGAGCUUUGGUCAGAAUCAGGUCCAGAGACCCAGAGGACCACCUUUAGGACCACCCUUAGGACCUCAUCCGGGAUCCCAAGGACCUUUGUUUGGACAUCAAGGACAGUAUCCUCCUCCAUCUGGAGUGCCUCCAAAUUGGCAUGGAGACCGACCUCCACCAGGCAGAGGAGACAUAGCUUUCCCUCAUAGGCCUCCACCUCAGUUACCACCCUUUACAGGGCCACCACCCCAUUUGCCCUUCCCGAAUGGCCCACCUCCUGGGCCUAGGAUGCAAAUUCCACCCCCUGGAGGGGAUUUUAGAAUGAGACCACCACCCCCAUUUCACACCCAGAGACUCCCUAAUGCACCCCACUUGCCACCACCUCCAUUGGACUUCUGCAAUCGUCCAGGAAACCCAGGGAUACCGCCAACAGGAUUCGAUCAUCCAGGGGAUCGACAGGCGGGCCAAGGUCUUCAAGGGCCAAGAGACCAGUGUGUUCCGGGUGCUUCUCAUCAAGACCACCAAUUUCUGCAACCGGAUGCCGUUCCGUCAUUCAGAGACAGAGUCUCAAGUCAGCAAGCCUCAUCCUCCCUGGAUUCUCCACAUGAACAUCACAGGGGAUCACAAAGACCACAGGACUCCUCAAGGCAUCAGGGGUAUGGUGCAGAUGAAAAAGGUCCAAGAUUUAGAGAUCUUGGGGAAUACCAAAAGACAUACACAGACUCUAGAUCUUCAGACUGUGAUAGAAAAAGGCCUGCAGAUGAUCAUAAUCGAAGAGACAGAGAAGGGUUUGGAAAGGACGCAUCUAGAGAUCAGUUAGCUAGAGACAGCAGAGGUUCAGAUUCCAGAGAUCAUUCUCGUCGGCAAAGAGACAGGUCCAGGGAAAGAACAUCGAGGAGAGAGAGGUCACGAUCUCCCAGACAAGGUCGUCGUGGAGACAGAGGCAGAACGAGGGAGAAAAGUCCGUCCAGAGAGAAUAGCUCAAGGAGAGACCAAUCAACAGGUGGUUCUAGCAGCAAAGAAAGAUCCAGAUCACCUAGAAGGCAUGAGAGUUCCUCAAGGGAAAGAGGUUCACACAGGAGCAGCAGCCCUCAGAGGUCUAAAUCAAGGAGGGCCGAAGGUCAUGACCUGCAGGAUAGCAAAAGAUCUCGAAGCCCUUCUAGGGAUCAAAGACCUCGAAGCCCUUCUAGGGAUCAAAGACCCAGGGAGAGAGAGGGAUCAUUGCAAAGGCAUAGCAGUAGGAAACCUGAAGGGCAAAUCACAGAUCCCAGCAAAACCUGCCAGCGAUGGAAUGAUCUGGAGAGAGAACUGCGAGAGGAAGAACUUGAGGAGAAUGAUGAGGAUAAGGAUCCCCUUGAAGAUUCUGACCCUGAGGAGUGGGGUACAGAUGACACCCCUUGGAUCCAAUGCUCCCCAAGAGAGAACUUCUACUCUAUUAAUCCCAGUGAUCAAAUUAGUGCUAGUUCUGUAGCUGGUACUGAGAAACUGAAGGAACUCUUGAAACGGUUUGAGGCAGAAAUCAUUGAGCGAGGACCUCGUGUCAGAGCCAAACAGCCACAGCCAGAGGAGAAGAAACCAGAACUCCAUUGGCACGUCCAUUCUCAUGGCCACCACUCAGCAAGCGAGAGUAGCGAUAGUGAAUCUGAUUCGGACACCUCGUCUGGCGAGGAGGACAAAGAUUAUGAUUUCCGCAUCUCAUGUCUGGAGAACAGAGCUAAUCAUCCAUGGCGGCUGGCUGAGAAUCUAUGGUUCAAUCAACCAGGAGAGAUGAAUGAUGGUCCUCUGUGCAAAUGUAGCAUCAAACAGAAAAAGUCAGGCAUCAGGCAUAACAUCUUCCCAGGAGAGAAACCUGUUCCAAUCUGUGAGCAACAUACCAACAAUGCAUCCAAACUACAUCACUACAGAGUCACCAUCUCCCCUACUACAAACUUCCUUACCACGACUCAGACGGUCAUUGUCUUUGACAAACGAGAAUACAUCUUUGAAGGAUUCUCUCUCUUCUCGCAUCACUCUUUGGAUGAAGUACCCGAAUGUAAGGUGGUCCGCUUUGGCCGGGAGUACACCCUUCACUUCUUCCCAGAGCCUCUGCCUGAGCACUUUACGGUGAAAGGCUUGGAUUUAUUUGCAAGGUUCUUGUUUGAGGAAAUCCUGGAACUUUGGGAUUUUGAUUUUAAAGGAAAAGAGAAUGGAUGCCAUCACUUCCAUUUCAUGCCUCGCUUUGCCCGCCUCCUUCCCAACAACGGCAAGGAGAUCCUCUCCAUGCACCACGUGAUCCAGUACCUGAUCCGCAGUAACAAGCCCAUCAUAGAUCCGGCCAAGCUGGACGACUGGCUGGCGGUCAGCGAGACCGCUUGGCAGAGAUAUGUGGAUAAGCUUCAGCAUAUGAUUGCCACACGCCCAGGGAAGAAACCGUCAUCGAUACGCAUUGAUCAGCUUGACCGAGAUCAGAUGAAUCCAGAUAAGAAGACCUUUCCUGUCGUCGUUCAUUUUGGUGUCCGUCCUGCCCAACUCUCUUACAUUGGAGACCCUAACUAUCGUAAGCUGCUCAAGUCCUUCACCCGUUUGCGUCACCUCCUGCUGAACAAGCCCAGAGUGACUGAAGCUGAUAAGGAGAAGCUGGCUGAGAAAGAGGCCAAACUGCAGAGAAUCCGCGUCCAGGGAAGCAGGGUGCGGGAGGUCACCGCGGAGGUCAGCAGUGAACACAUGCUAGCCACUGGUGUAGGAGUUGAUAUAUGUCAGCAUGCCCUGAUGCUUCCAGUUCUUGUCAAUCAUCUACGCUACUUUGCCUGUCUCAACAGCCUCUAUCAGGUCCUGGGCUAUAAGUUCCAGGAUCCCAUGUUGCUAAGGUUUGCAAUGACACAUCCGUCUUACAAGCUGUACUUUGGGACCACACCCGACCACGUGCGGAACUCUCUUUACAACUGUGGAAUCCGCUGUAGACAGGAUCAUACAGAACACAAGAAGGUGCUUGCCAAGGAAAGAAAGAAAGGAAUUAAUCAGCUGUAUCGCAUUAUGUCCCUGAUGGCUUCCAAUGAUGAACUACCAUCCCACAUCAAGAAUUACGAGCGUCUUGAGUUCCUAGGGGAUGCUGUGAUUGAGUUCAUAUCCAGCACCCACCUCUAUCACCUCUUCCCAGACCUUGAAGAAGGUGGUCUAGCCACCUACCGUAUGGCUCUGGUCCAGAACCAACAUCUCUCAGUCCUAGCAAAGAAACUUGAGCUGGACAAGUACAUGCUCUAUGCACACGGGCCUGACCUCUGCCGACCUUACGACCUUCGACACGCCAUGGCCAACUGCUUGGAGGCAGUCAUGGGAGCAAUAUAUCUGGAGGCGGGGCUGGAUCUAUGUCGGAAAAUCUUUGGCAAACUGCUCUUUGAGGAAGAAUAUCUUCAAACUAUCUGGCUUAAUCAUCCUAAGGACCCUCUGCAGGCUGAUUUUCCUGAAACAGACAGGCACUUGAUCAAGAAUUCAGAAGUGCUGCAGAAACUGACAGUAUUUGAAGGGGACACAGGGAUGCGCUUCACGCACAUUCGACUUCUCGCCAGAGCGUUCACCCAGAGGACUGUGGGAUAUACCAAUUUGACCAUGGGUUCCAACCAGAGACUUGAGUUCCUUGGAGAUUCCGUGCUACAGCUUGUUGUCUCCUCAUACCUCUACAAGCAUUUCCCCAAUCAUCAUGAAGGACACUUAUCGCUCUUGAGGAGUUCUCUGGUCAACAACAAGACCCAGUCCAUCAUAGCCCAGGACCUGGGACUCGUUGAGUACAUCAUAGAGCCCAAGACCAGGUCCAGGAAUGAGAACAACAUUCCUAUGAAGAUCAUGGCUGAUCUUGUAGAAGCCCUGAUUGGUGCUAUGUAUGUGGACCAUGGACUAGAAGUUGUUUCUACAUUUUGCAGUGUUGUCUUCUAUCCCAGACUGAAGGACUUCAUCCAGACACAGCACUGGAACGAUGCUAAGUCCCAGCUCCAGCAGUGCUGCCUGACUCUACGGGUGGAAGGUCAAGAACCGGACGUUCCAAACUAUAAGGUCAUCGGCCAGAGCGGGCCAACAAAUUCUCGCCAGUACUCUGUGGCUGUAUACUUCAAAUCCAAGCGAAUGUCGACAGGGACGGCCUCAAAUAUCCGGGAUGCUGAGAUGGAGGCAGCGAAGAACGCCUUGAGGAAGGGGAACUUCCCGCAUCUCUGGUUCCAGCGGAAGUGUGUGAUGUUGCGGAAGCAGAGGGAGGCCAUGAGAGAGGAGGAGAAGAUGAAGGAAGAUGAGGAAAGAAGGGGCAAGGGAGAGGAGAAAGAAGGAGAGAAUGGAGUGAAGAGAGGGGGUAGUGAUUCGAGGGGCAGGAGGGACGAUGGAAGGAUGGAUUCCUCAAGAGGUGAAGGAAGGAGAGAUGAAAGGAGGAGGGAUGAAGGAAGAAGAGAUGAUGGAAGGAGAGAUGAUGGAAGAAGAGAUGAUGGAAGAAGAGAUGACAGGAGAAGGGAAGAUAGGAGAGAUGAAAGAAGGAAAGAGGAGGGAAGGAGAGAUGACAAAAGAAGAGAAGAAAGAAGUAGAGAUGAAGGUAGGAUGGGGGAAAGAAGAGAUGAAAGAAGAAAUGAAAGAAGAGAUGAUGAAAGGAGAGAUGAAAAAAGUAGAGAUGAAAGAAAGAGAGAUGAAAGGAGAAGAGAUGACAGAAAAGAUGGGGAAGAUAGACUCAGGCGCGAGAGAGACCGCACUCUCUCUUCAAGAGAUGUCAAAAACAGAGAUGAAGAGAGGAGUAGAAAUGAUCAGGAAAAGAAAGAAGAUGUAAGGAAGGAGGGAGGACUUCCAAAUGAACCAACAGGCAGAAGGAGAGAUGAGAUUAGUCAAGAGAGAAGAAAAGAGGGAGACAAGUCUAAAAGAGAAGAGGGUAACAAUCCAAGAAGAGAAAGUCAAACGAAUACAACCUUGAAUGAAGGAGUAAGAAAUGAAGAAAGAAAAGAUUGUAGAUGAUGAAAGAGGGUAAAAGGUACCAUAAGUCCAGUACUCGGAAUGAAAAGUGCAGAGGUUUCAAAAGGUGUGAAAUGAUUGUGUCUUAAAUACGAAGAAACAGGACUAUUUUCAAAUGUUGUUUGUCUAGGAUGUGCAAAAAAAUCAUGGACAUUAAAACUUAUUUGUAAUUCAAAGACGGGAGAGAAGGAUUUACUUAUUUUUGUACAUUCAUUUGAAAGUGAUGCAGCUCUAAAUUUACUGAAUUUUUUGUUAUGUUCAGGGAAUAAGUUCAAAAUAUUGCCCUCCUGGGCCCGUUGCAUAAAACGUACCAUUGAUGGUAAAUUUGCCAUCAAUGGCAACUACCAUGAUGACAGGGCUCAACAGCCAAUCAAAAUCAAGGUUUCCAUGGUAACUUACCAUUGAUGGCAAAGUUACCAUCAAUGUUAAGUUUUGUUCUAUGGGGCCCUAAGGUAAGACUGGACUACCUUCCAUUAAUUUUGCCUUUCAUCAACCAACUGAAAAAGUUUAAUCACCAUUCAACUUGGUCAUCUUGAAUAUUUAUGACUGCUUGAUGAUUUCUGAUUUCUUGUGAAUGUAUUUGUUGCAUAACUUUUUUAAUAAUGCAAAUGCAAAUGUGAUAAUAAUAUUAUUUGGGGAGAACAUGUAAUAUAGAAAACUCAAAUAUUUGCAACAAUAUAUGCCAGUUUAUAUAUAUGCUUUGAAUUGCAGCUCAAACAUGCCUUGCAUUUUAUGUACCUGUAUCUUUUGUGCCUGUCAGUAAUAUGUAAAUUGCAGUCUUCGCAAUUGACAUGUGCAAUAAUCAUUUUCUCCACUUUUUUUUCUGAACUGGUGCAAAAUCCUAUAAGUACUACAAGUAUGCAAGAUUUGGACCUCCUUAAAUAACAAAGCUCAGCUGUGGUAUAGCUGUGAAUACAGACCGGCUAGAUUUCAUAUCACAAAGCUAGAAUAAUGAAAAUCUGUGAAGUGUUACAAAAAUAUACAUGAACAGUAUUAAUUUUGAACUUUCAAAACUACCAUAUUUACAUGUAGUUAAGAUUAUUUUGUAAUGUCUCUACGUUUGUCAAGUAAACAAGUCAUGUAUGAGACUUUGAUGCAUGAGAGUUGGACUUUAGUCUUUUUUGCAAGAUAAAUAAACAAAACCAGCCAGGUUA